AAAGCCUCAGGUUAAGACAGAAGAGCGCGAGCAGCCCAAUGACUGUCACCGCACAGUGUGUCGUCACACGUCCUGUAAUCUGCUUUGAUUUUAGAGCCGUUUACUCCAGACUGCCGCUGGAUACAUUGUACCAGUGAUGAAGAGCUUCAGCGGAUUACGAGCCGCUUUUCACAUAUUCAGAAGAGACCUCCAUCAUCAUCACUGUGUGGGAAUAAUAGCUGCACCUUUCUCUAAAGGACAGCAGAGGGAUGGUGUGCAGAGAGGAGCGGACCUCAUUCGAGCUGCUGGAUUGGUGCAGAAAUUUAAAGAGGAAGGUUGUGUAGUGAAGGAUUAUGGGAAUCUGACUUUUGAGGACGUUCCCAAUGAUGAGCCAGUUGGCAGGCUGAAGACUCCGAGAGCAGUCGGCCGUGCCAAUGAGCUGCUCGCAGGAGCUGUGCAGAAGGUCAAGAGCGAUGGAAACACUUGUGUGAUGCUGGGAGGACAUCACAGCUUGGCGAUUGGGUCGAUCUCUGGUCAUGCCGCCUCAAGACAUGAGCUGAGUAUUUUAUGGGUGGAUGCACAUGCAGACAUCAACACACCUUCAACCACGCCAACGGGAAACAUUCACGGCCAACCGCUGUCGUACCUCAUCCAUGAACUGCACUCAAAGGUGACUGAUGGUCUUGAAUCAUUUCAGCACCUUUGUUAAUGUAUGCGUAAUAUGUUACACAGUUAUUCACUGUCAGUCUCAUCACCAAAAAAAAAAAAAACUCCUAAAGAGCUGUUCAACUGUAACAUCCUGACCAUGCAUGGCUCAUAACUAAUAAACAUCAACAACUUACUUCAUAGAAACAUUCAUAGAAAAUUUC